GAGGCUGCAAUCCCAUUAGGAUGAGCGAGGUGAGUCGCGCUUGCUGCUGCAACCGGCGUCCCCCUCAAUGGCUUCAUGUCUCAUCACUCGCCUCACGCCCAUGGUGCCAACAUCCAGCUCACCUCCUUCGCCCGGUCUCUGCAAGCCACAUGCCGCCGCUCAUGCUACCAAUUUCUUCCCUGUCCGCUCCUCCCCCCGUGCUCUUUCCACAGGCCACCACCAUUUUAGGGGUAAUGGUACCAUGAGGAGGAGGAGGAGGAGAUUGGUGGUGAGGGCUGGGCCCCCUAGCACCAACAGCCUUAUCUUUGCCUUCGUUCUCCCGCUUUCCCUCCUCCUCGGCACCAUCUUCACUGCCGCGCGUGUCGCCGACAGGCUCGACGAGAAGUACCUUGAGGAGCUCGCGAUGAAUAAAGCGAUCAUGGAGGAAAAGGAAGCAGAGGAGGAUGAUAGUGACAAGGACGGAAAAGUGGCGGCAGAAGAAGAUGAAAGCAUUUUGCCGGACGAAGAGGAGGGCGUUGCAGCCGUCCCACGUGUUCGGAACCGCCCCAAGCGAGAAGCACAAUUGUAGGCCGCAUGUGAACUUACUCGAGACUUUGAAGAGGCACCUACCAAACUCUGGACCUGAGGAUUUGAAUCAACUUCGGAACAUUGCUGCUCGGUUCGAGGAGAGGAUAUUCACAGAAGCUGAUAAUCAGUCGGAGUAUUUGAGGAAAAUUUCUCUGAAAUUGCUCUCAAUGGAGAGUAAAACUCAGCAUUCUGCAUCAAUCAACACUUCAGUGUCCAACAACAACAACCAAAAUUCUACAGAUCCAGGAACUCUUUUCACUGGAUCUGAUGACUCUGAUGAAACCAGUGGAUGGAGUCUGGCUGAGGGUGAAAUUUCCGCUGCUGCUAGUGGGAGCUCUGCUGACUGGAGGACCCAACUUCAGCCCAAGGCACGCCAUAUGAUUGUAAAUCAGAUACACGAGAUUUUGAAGAGGCACCUACCGUUCCCUGAACCUGUGGAUUCGAAUCAACUUCAGAACGUUGCUGCUCGGCUCGAGGAGGCGAUAUUCAAUGCAGCUCAUAAUCAGUCAGAGUAUUUGAGGAAAAUUUCUCUGAAAAUGCUCUCAGUGGAGAGUAAAACUCAGCAUUCUGCAUCAAUCAACACUUCAGUGUCCAACAACAACAACCAAAAUCCUACAGAUCCAGGAACUCUUUUCACUGGAUCUGAUGACUCUGAUGAAACCAGUGGUUGGAGUCUGGCUGAGGGUGAACUUUCCACUGCUGCUAGUGGCAGCUCUGCCGACUGGAGGACCCAACUUCAGCCCAAGGCACGCCAUAUGAUUGUAAAUCAGAUACACGAGAUUUUGAAGAGGCACCUACCGUUCCCUGAACCUGUGGAUUCGAAUCAACUUCAGAACGUUGCUGCUCGGCUCGAGGAGGCGAUAUUCAAUGCAGCUCAUAAUCAGUCAGAGUAUUUGAGGAAAAUUUCUAUGAAAAUGCUCUCAGUGGUGAGUAAAACACAGCAUUCUGCAUCAAUCAACACGUCAGUGUCCAACAACAACAACCAAAAUCCUACAGAUCCAGAUUGCUAAGACACUAGGAUUGCCACUGAGAAGUAGCUGCUAAGAAGCUUUUAACUGAGGUGGGGCCUUGGAUCGAGAAGCAAGAAGCAAUUGGCAACGGGAUAUAAGAGUAAUCGGUUCAUGUUUCUGGUGUAAACUCAAUAAACUGUGAUGUUUCAAGAGUUUGGAAUUAAGAUUUGGUGUAAUCAAUUUUGAUUAUCAAUGCAGUGCGUUGUAAUCGAUUCGACUUGA